CAUUGUCGAAAUGGACUGGCAGCCUUGUCGCCGUAACAUUGGAGUUCAUUUUGGAUUGUAAAAAAAGUGCAAAAACCUAAAUUUUACGCAUAAAUAAUUAGUACAUAGUGUAAUUAAGAAGCGCUUCAGCAAACAAUUCAUAUCCACCCACACACACACACACAUACAUACACACAUCGAAAUGGCCGAGAUGUCGCUUAAGCCAAAAAGAGUGGAAUUUGGUGAGAUCUGGAAUCCGUUGAGUCGCACUGUCGAAUCACUGAUAACAUUGCGAGCAGUUGAUCGCAAAGUCUGGAAUGCAUGCUUUUCCGAUGUUUAUACAUUGUGCGUGGCACAGCCGGAACCAAUGGCCGAUCGACUCUAUACCGAGACAAAGAAUUUCCUGGAGUCUCACGUCCGGGACAUGCUGGCCAACAAGGUGAUGGCGAAGCAUGAUGCAGCCAAUGCCAAUAAUACGAAUAGCCGGCCAGAUCUACUGCAGCGCUAUUAUACCACCUGGACGGAAUAUAGCCAGGGCAUCCAGUAUCUUCAUAAAUUAUACAAUUACUUAAACCAGCAGCACAUCAAAAAGCAAAAGAUCACAGACACGGAUACCAUGUAUAGCAAUCAGACUAGUGCGGCCGGGCAAAUGGAAAUCGGUGAGCUUGGCUUGAAUAUUUGGCGCGUGAUUAUGGUCGAGUAUCUGGCUGAGGAUCUGGUGCGUCACAUAUUGGAGGGCAUUGCAGCGGAUCGGGCCAGCAACGGUACACUCGAUUCGCAUCGUGUACAGGUCAUUAAUGGCGUUAUACACAGCUUUGUUGAAGUGGAGAACUAUGAGAAGGUCAUCAAUGACGUUGUGAACAACGUGGAUAACGAAAAGACUCAAAAGCCAGACUCGUUAAAUUUAAAACUGUAUCAGGAGCACUUCGAGGGACCGAUGCUGGAGGCGAGCGGCGCCUACUAUAUGAUCGAGGCCAACAAGCUACUGCAACGUUGCACCGUUUCACAGUACUUGCAAGAGGUUAUUAAGAUACUGGAGUGUGAGACUAAGAGAGCGGAAAAGUUUCUUCAUAAAACUUCGUUGCCAAAGCUGCGCAAGCAAUGUGAAGAGAAAUUCAUUAACGAUCGCUUGGGCUACAUAUAUUCAGAGUGCCGGGAUAUGGUAUCGGAGGAGAGGCGUCAAGAUCUACGUAAUAUGUACAUUGUGCUCAAGCCCAUACAAGAUAAUCUAAAAGCGGAGCUGAUACAAACCUUUCUGGAGCACAUAAAAAACGAGGGCCUGGAAACGGUGUAUGCGCUCAAGGGCGAGAAUAUACACAUUGCUUUCGUUGAGAAUAUGCUGAAGGUGCAUCACAAGUAUCAGGAGCUGAUUGCCGAUGUCUUUGAGAACGAUUCGCUGUUCCUUAGCGCGCUGGACAAGGCCUGCGCCAGCGUUAUCAAUCGACGUCCCAGCGAACGGCAGCCGUGCCGUAGCGCUGAAUAUGUCGCCAAAUACUGUGAUACACUGUUAAAGAAAUCGAAAACCUGCGAAGCGGAAAUCGAUCAGAAACUCACAAAUAAUAUAACUAUAUUCAAAUACAUUGAGGACAAGGAUGUGUAUCAAAAGUUCUACAGUCGAUUGCUAGCGAAGCGUCUUAUACACGAGCAAAGCCAGAGUAUGGAUGCCGAGGAGGGCAUGAUUAAUCGCCUAAAGCAAGCUUGCGGCUAUGAAUUCACCAAUAAACUGCAUCGCAUGUUCACGGAUAUUUCAGUCUCCACAGAUUUGAACAAUAAGUUCAACAAUCAUUUAAAGGACAACGAUAUUGAUCUGGGUAUAAAUCUGUCAAUUAAAGUGCUGCAGGCGGGCGCUUGGCCCUUGGGCUCGACACAAGUUAUACCAUUUGCAGUGCCCCAGGAAUUCGAAAAGUCCAUCAAAAUGUUUGAGGACUAUUAUCAUAAUUUAUUCAGCGGUCGCAAACUGACCUGGCUGCAUCAUAUGUGCCAUGGCGAACUGAAGCUGAGUCACCUCAAAAAGUCCUACAUUGUGACAAUGCAGACGUAUCAAAUGGCGAUAAUAUUGCUUUUCGAGACCUGCGAUACGCUCAGCUGUCGUGAGAUCCAAAAUACGUUGCAAUUAAAUGAUGAAACGUUUCAGAAGCAUAUGCAGCCGAUGAUUGAAUCCAAAUUGUUAAAUGCCAAUUCAGAGAAUCUCUCGGGUGAUACGCGCAUCGAAUUGAAUUUCGAUUAUACCAAUAAGCGUACGAAAUUUAAGAUAAGCUCGGCGUUACAAAAGGAAACGCCACAGGAGGUGGAGCAUACGAUCAACUCGGUGGAUGAGGAUCGUAAACUCUUUCUACAGGCUGCCAUUGUGCGUAUUAUGAAGGCGCGCAAAGUCUUGAAGCACAACGCUCUGAUACAAGAGGUACUGUCUUUAUCGAAAGUUAGUUUUACGCCCAAUAUCGCAAUGAUCAAAAAAUGCGUUGAAUCGUUAAUUGACAAACAAUAUAUUGAGCGUACAGCUAACUCUGGUGACGAGUAUAGCUAUAUGGCUUAGACUGCGGAUGGCUCGGACGGCUGACUAGAGAUUACUACAACGGAAAAAAAAACAA